GCCGUGACAUCUAACGUUAGCUGUUGGCAUUGUUCUUGCUUUUAUCGAAGAAAAAUAAUUUAUAUUAUCAUAGUACUGACGGUGUUCCCUGCAUUAACUUUCUAAAAUCUCCCAAACGAGAAUAUUAAAUGUUGUGGAAGACUUAGAGUUGCCUUGGCAGCUGGUUUUACAAAGUGAGCUGACAACUUUGCUAAUCAACUAGCCACUUAGCUAACUAGUAAGAGAGGAAGAAGUGUGGGCAGAGCUUGUGAGCCAUCUUGUGUGUGUAUUCGCUUACGAUUUUUCAUUACUGGAUGGAUAUAUUUCAUUGUAAGUUGUCUGUGGGGCACUAAAAUAUUUCGAAGCCAUACCUGAUGUGAUAAUAAAAAGAAAACAAUCGAACACACGGAAUUUCUGCCCUAGAAUAACAGAACUGAAUAAUCUUCGGUGGUUUGCAGCUGUUGGUACCGCUUGGCAGAAAAAGAGAUGCACUAUUACAGAUAUGAAAAUGCAGAGGUCAGCUGUUGCUACAAAUACCUCAUGUUCAGCUACAACAUUAUCUUUUGGCUAGCUGGAACAGCGUUCAUUGCAAUUGGCUUCUGGGCCUGGAGUGAAAAGGGUGUUUUAUCAGAUCUGACACAAGUUACACGUCUGCAUGGUUUUGACCCAGUUUGGGGGGUGCUUGUUGUGGGCACAGUCACUUUCAUUUUGGGAUUUGCUGGGUGUGUUGGAGCUCUCAGGGAAAACAUCUGCCUUCUUAAGUUUUUCUCUGGAGUCAUUGGCUUCAUCUUCUUCCUGGAGUUGACGGCUGCGGUGUUGGUGUUUGUGUUCCAGGGCCAAGUUAGGGAGUGGAUCAAUGAUUUCUUCUUGGCCAAUGUAAAGGCCUACAGGGAAGACAUUGACCUGCAGAAUCUGAUUGACUCCCUCCAGAAACUGAAUCAUUGCUGUGGAGCUAAAGACCCCAACGACUGGAAUCUAAAUGUGUAUUUUAACUGCUCAAAGGAUAACCCCAGCAGAGAGAAAUGUGGAGUGCCCUUUUCCUGCUGCAUCAGCGACCCUGCUGAUACAGUGGUGAACACGCAGUGUGGAUAUGAUGUUAGAAUAUCUGGCACACCGUCUCAGUGGGGCAACACCAUUUAUGUCAAAGGAUGCAUGAUGGCUUUAGAGGAGUGGCUUCCACGCAAUCUCUACAUUGUGGCUGGAGUCUUCAUAGUCAUAUCAUUGCUACAGAUGGUGGGAAUCUUCUUGGCAAGGACGCUGAUUGGAGACAUUGAAAAAGUCGAGUUGAAUUAUUACUGAGCUCUGACGUAACUGAAAGGGAGCUAAGGGCAAUGUAUUGAAAAAGUCGUGGACCUACUUUUAUUUUUCUGCGUCUCUUUUUGUGGAGAAGAGGACUCUGGAGCAUUCACUGGACCACCUUUUCAGCAUUUCUAUAGACCACAUAUUGAAUACGCAGCUGCCUAAGUUCACUUGGAUACUGUCACGUGUGCCUUGUCUCUUCUUCAAGUUUACCUCCAGCCCUUUCCCUAUUUUUAUUUGAAUCAUUUUUUUUUUUUAUAGGACUACCAUUAACCAAACAUUUGUAUUUUUGGGACCACUAUUAACCAAGCUGGGUAUACAUAGUGGCAACAUAAUGGGACCAUAACCUGUAAACUAACCUGAAAUGUAAUUGUAAUGAUGUGAAGAAGUCAACCAAGCUUAGAUUACUGAAAAGUGUCUAUAUGGUCAUGUUGCAUACACUCCAAAAUAUUGUGUACAUUUUUGUUUUGGGGAACUAAAUUAGGAAUUAGUACGAAAGCACAAACUGGAACAAAUUUAGGAUGUUUUUAAGAAGCAAGUUUAUUUUUCCUUAGAUAAAAACAUGCAUAAAUUAAGAUUAAAAAAUGAUCCUCAUAGUAAAAGUGUAAUGAAAGAGAACCAUUUUUACGCAGUUUUAACUGCAGUAAAUACAUAUUUUUAACAUUUGUUGAGUUUGUAACUUAAUCUUUCUGCAGACAGAAGUUCUGCAUUUAAUGUCAACUGCAAAGAGUGCAGCAGAAAACUAUCAGGAUCUGACCAGAAGUACUCGCAUGUAAACAGAACAUAUUGAGAAUGCAGCUGGGUAGAAAUCAAAUGUCAGUGAAUCAAAAGAGACGUGAGCUGAUCCAUUUGGUCCUACAUAAUGGAGGUAAGAUGCAUCAGUAUGUAUCUUUUAUUUUACAGUAAGCAACUCGUAUGCGCUGUUUUGGGUCAUUCUGUUAAUGAUAAUUUUAACGGAAUAUCUCACAUUUGUAAAUGGUCACUUUCUACUGGACCUGUACAAAACUUUAAGAGUCACUGAAGUUUGAUGGUAGUCACCAUAUGGCUUAUACUGAUGUCAACAUUGCCUUGAGAUGCCAACACUUACCUCCUUUUUUCUACUCUUACUUGGUGACUUUAUACAAAAAUGCAGAUUGUGCCUUUUCUCUGGCAUUGAAGAUUUCAUAAAAUGUGUAGUAUACCAUGUUUAAGCUGGACAGAAUCAUACCCAUGCUUAACCUUUUUUACGGGUGUUCAAAGAAUAUUUACUUUUUUGUGUUUUCAAUUGAAAAUUUAACUGCCAUUACAGCACAAACUACUUAAAACAUAACAAUAUUAACAUGUCUUCACACUUGAAUUAGCCAAAACGCAAUAUGCAUUCUUACAUAAAUGCAAACACCUGCCUGUCUACACUCUUUCUAUAGCCCAAAGACUUAUCUUUUUGAAGUUCUAUCGUAGUAUGCUUUAUAAUAUGACCUCUGAAAAUCUCUUCAAUGCAAAAAGAAAAUUAUAUAUAUAAAAAAAGAAAGCAUUUAGUUAAUCUUUUUAAUUCAGAGUGCACUAUUUUGUCCCUUUUUGGAGAGUCUUGUCUGUGCCACUGUGUAGUGUUAAAGCUUGAUAGAGUAUUUACUAAAAUGCAGUACAGUCAGUUUCCCUGACCUUGCUGCAAGAGCCUCCUUUUUCAUGAAGGGAUGUUUUUUUGUGUUGGAUUUAGAUGUUAUUUGUUGUUGGAUAUUUGUUGUCUUUGUAAAUAUUUUCUGAAUUCUUUUCAGCAUUUUUAUAUUCAAUAAAAAAAAAAAAAAGAGU